AUGCGCUUCACCUGUUUGUUUGCCGUGACUGGUAUCACCGGCCUGGCCCUCGCGGCACCAGGGCAAUCCAUCUCCAAAAGAGCAGCUCCAUUCCUAUGGUUCGGGACAAAUGAAGCCGGUGCAGAGUUCGGGAGUGGGAACAUCCCCGGGUCAUUGAAUACAGAUUAUAUCUGGCCAUCAAAUUCUGCAAUGCAGACCCUGCGCACUGCUGGAAUGAACAUUUUCCGUGUUCCAUUUGCAAUGGAACGUUUGAUUCCAGGCACCCUGACUUCGAGUCCGGAUGCAACUUAUCUGGCUGAUUUGAAAAGCGUAUGUGAAGACAACUCUUGCAUAGAGGCCCUUGAGUCAUAUCAUACUCACAAUAAAAUUUCACAGACGGUCGAAUUUAUCACCUCGAGUGGUGCAUAUGCUGUCCUCGAUCCCCACAACUUUGGGAGAUAUUACGGCAACGUAAUCACGUCUACUAGUGACUUUGCAGCAUUUUGGAAGACUCUGGCUACCGAAUUUGCAUCAAACGAAAAAGUCAUCUUCGACACAAACAACGAAUACCACACGAUGGACCAGACCUUGGUCCUGAACCUCAACCAGGCUGCCAUCGACGCAAUUAGAGCUGCCGGUGCCAAAUCUCAGUAUAUCUUCGUUGAAGGAAACUCGUGGAGUGGAGCAUGGACCUGGACCACUGUGAACGACAACAUGAAGGCGUUGACAGAUCCACAGGACCUGGUGAUCUAUCAAAUGCAUCAGUAUCUGGACUCCGAUGGCUCUGGUACAUCAGAGACAUGUGUCAGCUCGACGAUCGGCCAGGAACGUGUGGUGGCUGCCACAAAAUGGCUCAAAGAUAAUGGGAAAAGGGCCUUCUUGGGAGAAUUCGCUGGGGGUGCCAACUCUGUCUGCAAGACUGCUGUGACAGGAAUGCUUGAUUACCUCUCGGCAAACAGCGAUGUCUGGCUAGGUGCAGCCUGGUGGUCUGCUGGACCAUGGUGGGGAGACUACAUGUAUAGCUUCGAGCCUCCAUCGGGCACCGGUUAUACUUACUACAUGAGUCUCCUUGAGUCAUACUUUCCUGGGUCCGAUGGUCCCACUACGACAAGCAUAGCCACAACGACCAAGGCCACAGCUACCACAACCAUCGCCACAACGACCACGACAGCCGCCGGAGGAACGGGAUCUACAGGAGCUCCUCAUUACGCACAGUGCGGUGGGUCUAGCUGGACAGGUUCUACUACAUGUGCCACUCCGUACACCUGCCAGAAGCAGAAUGACUUCUAUUCGCAAUGUCUAUAG